AUGUCCAUGCACCCACCCGCCCGUCUGCACGCCCUCCUGGAGGACGUCCGCCGGGAACUCGACGCCUACACAGCCGACAGCACCCAGGACAACUACCGGGCCGUGCAGCACACCAUCCGCCGUCUCCAAGCCGGCGCCAGCUCCCCUGCCGACACCCUGUUUACCUUUCGGUUCCAGAUUGUCGAGCACAUUGGCGUCAUGAUGUUGCUCGAGCUGGGAAUUCUGGAUGCUCUUGUUAAGCAUGAGGGUGAGGGUGAGGGUGUUACGGCUGCGCAGUUGGCUGGGGAGACGGGUGUUGAGGAGAGUUUGGUUGUCCGCCUCCUCCGCCUGGCCAGCGCCCUCCACUUCAUCGACCACCCCACCUCCCAAACCUACCUUCCUAACCCCAUCACCACCUCCCUCGUCCGUCCCGGCUGGAAGGCCGCCCUGGCCUGGAUGGAACUGAUCUACCCCGUAGCCGGCCAAAUCCGCUCCUUUCUCUCCUCCACCCAGUUUGGCCGGAUUGACAAGUCUAACUCCUCUUCUAACUCCUCUUCUACCUCUGACUCUGUCCUUGCUAGCCCUGCUUCAACUCCCUUCACCUUCGGCCACGGCGGCAAGUCGCUAUGGCAGGUGAUGGAUGAACAGCCCGAGCACAAGCGCAACUUUGACCUGUGGAUCCAAGAGCGCAAGAAAUACGACGAGACCCGCUGGGUAGCACGGUACCCGCCCCUGGCAACGCUUCGGUCGCAGCAGUUGCUGCAGAAGCAGCCGCAGGAACCGCAGGAAGGUAACAACGAUUCCGUGUUUAUGGUCGAUGUAGGCGGGAUUAGUGCGGUGCAGCUGGGCCGCCUGCGGACCCAACUGCCCGAGCUGCAGGGCCGGUGUAUCCUGCAGGUCCCGCCUGACAAGGCGAAUGUGAUGAAUCAGACGGCUGAGGGGGUGGAGGUGAUGACUUAUGAUUUGGCGACGGAACAGCCGGUGAAAGGCGCCCGCUUCUACUACCUAAACAACAUCUUCCACAACCUGCCCGACACCGCCUGCAUUUCCAUCCUCCGUAUUCUCCUGCCCGCACUCAAACCAGGCUACUCCACGAUCCUCAUCGACGACUACGUGCUCGCAACCCACAACACGCCCCUCCGCAGCGCAGUGACAGAUAUCCAUGUCAUGGCGAUGUUUAAUGCGGCCGACCGGACGGGGGAGCAGUAUGAGAGGAUCUUUGCUCAGGCUGCUGGUGGGGAGGGGAGAAGGAAGUUGGAGGUUACCGGGUGGUAUCCGGCUGGGGUGAAUGAUGAGUGUGUUAUUGAGUUGGGGGUGAAGGAAUAG